AUGAUCGCAGAGAUGGUCCCUGAGAAGGAAUACCAGCCAUACACAUUCAGCGUUCUGCCGUUUGUGUGGACACUUGGAUCCGGCUUUGGUGCUCCCUUAGGGAGAGUCUUGGUCAAUCCAGCAAAACAUUAUCCUAGGAUCUUUGGCAGCAUUGAGCUUCUGAAGAAGUUCCCCUUUGCUUUGCCCAGUAUAAUAUCUAGCGGGUUAGUGGUUGAUGUUGUUUACGUUGCGUCCUUGUUCCUACAUGAAACGCAAGUCGAACAAAGAGACCCCCUUGAUGCUCGGCUGUCUUUUGGCCGCAUUCUAAGUUGGGGUACACUACGUCAAACAAAGAUUUAUGCCCGACUGGACGGCGAUGAUGCGCGAGCCGCUCUACUUGGUGGCAUGAGAGAAGUACAAGAGGUGCAGGAGGGAGUACAUUAG